AUGACCAUUGAUAACCUUCUUAGGGGCCUUAAUGCUUCACAAAAAGCCGCAGUCUCAUCACAAGCAGAUACCCUCGCUAUAUUGGCAGGACCAGGAAGUGGGAAAACACACACUUUAACGUCGCGAACGGCUUGGUUAUUGCAACAAGGAUUGCAACCAUGUAAUAUAAUUGUGGCAACUUUUACGGUCAAGGCAGCUCGAGAGAUGAAAGAAAGAAUUGGGAAGUUGAUAGGAAGUGGAUUGGAAUCAAAGUUAAUACUGGGAACGUUUCAUAGGAUUGCGCGAAUAUACCUGGCACAAUACGGGCAUUUGAUAGGGAUUCGAAAGGGCUUUGGAAUCGCAGAUUCGAAUGAUUCUCUAGCCAUCAUCAAAAGAAUUGUGAAGCGGAAGGACCUGAAUAUAGACCCAAAAGUCGCACGAUCUCGCAUAAGCUCUCUAAAAGCAAAAGGUUCUGCAUCUGCGAGCAAGGUUCCCGAGGCCAAGAAGAAAACUGUAGAUACGCAAGAAUUCGAGAUUGUACAUGCCGAAUACCAAGCAACCCUGGAGCUUUCGAACCUGCUCGACUACGAUGAUUUGCUUGUAAGAUGUGUCGAGCUUUUACGACUCUAUCCAUCCUGUGUGGCUAACAUUGAAGCCGUUUUGAUUGACGAAUUUCAAGACACAAACCUGGUGCAAUUUGAUCUCAUGCGAUUGUUUGCUGUAUCUCAAAAACGAAUCACUAUUGUUGGAGACCCCGAUCAAAGCAUAUAUAGCUUUCGAGCUGCCGAAAUCAAAAACUACAAACGAAUGAUAAAACAAUAUCCGGAUACAGUUACCAUCUCGUUGGAGGAGAAUUACCGGUCAUCGGGCGCCAUACUACUCACAGCACUGAAUGUAAUUGAGCAAGAUUCAUCCAGGAUUGCAAAGUCUCUAUUGCCUACUCAUGUUGUUGGCACACGUCCAGUUCUCCGCAAACUUGCAACUGCUCAGAAGGAAGCAGACUGGAUUAUUCAAGAAAUACAAAGGAUAAUGGGUAUGACAGGCGACCUACUAGACUUGAAUGACUUCGCUAUUCUGUUAAGAUCUUCGGCACUUUCAAGAAUAAUAGAAAGUUCAUUAGGCAAAGCAGGUAUAGCCUACCGCAUGGUUGGUGGUCUUCGAUUUUAUGAUCGUAUUGAAAUCAAAACGUUAUUGGAUUAUUUGAGAGUGAUUAAUUUACCUGAUCAUAAUGAUGCGUUGGCGAGAAUCAUCAACACUCCCUCGAGGAGAAUCGGCGAAGUAACCAUAAAAGCUCUACUCGAAGAGGCAGAGCAAUCUAAAUUAACCCUUUGGUCAUUAAUCCUCAAGUCCGUGCAGGGAAGACGCGCAACAAAAACCAAGCUUACACCAUCAGUCGAGAGAAAUCUUUCGGUCUUUGUUGAUAUCAUCUUGACGGGUAUGAAGAAAGUUGCGGAUCCCUCAAAUAAGGAAAAUUCGAUUGUAAAGAUUUUGGAGUUUAUUAUAGAGAAAACAUCUUACGAGACCUGGCUUGAGGAACACCGUGGUGACAUUACUAAGGCACAGUGGGACAAUGUGAAAGAGCUUAUGACUCAGGCUGCAGACUUCCAAGAGCUUAUAUCCAAUGGUUAUGAGGAUGAAUCGCUCCCUCAAAUCGAUGGUUUGAAACAAGAAGAUGCUUCCGAUUCCCUUUCUCGAUUUUUAGCCAACGUAGCAUUGGCUUCGGAAGUAACGAAGGAGGAAGACAAAACACAUAACACACCUCAGGUCACAAUAUCUACCAUACAUGCUGCUAAAGGUCUGGAAUGGCCAAUAGUCUUCAUUCCUGGUGCAUAUCAAGGCAGUAUACCACACUCUAGAGCGGAGGACACUGACGAAGAACGAAGAUUGUUAUAUGUAGCUAUGACCCGAGCUAAGGCUUUACUUAACAUGAGUUGUCCCCUCAAAAACUCAUUGCAAGAGUUGACAACGACUUGUCCCUUUCUCUCUGCCCGUGGCCUCAGAGCACAUUUAGACUACAAGGGCCCUUCGUUACGUUCAAAUACAGUUCAGUGCCUGGCUCAGAUUCUCCGGCGACCGUUUCCGACUAGAGAAUCAAUCGCCGAAUCUUCUGCCUGUGUCGAGCGAACUGAGGAUACAUAUUACCCCAUGGAACCGGAGAAUGACAAAGAGGACGAGUCCAAGUGGAAUGUUGGCAAUGGUAACCCCAAUUUCACCAUGGGUCAGCGACCUGCUAAACGUCGACGUGCUGAUAUAGCGGACCAAACUGGAAACAUUUCAAGCGUGGUCUAUAACAACACGCCCACGACAACCAUGGAAAGAGCCUCUAAGUUUACCUUGAGUGGUGGAUUUGUUAGUGCUGGCUCUCAUCUUCAGGUCCUUGGCGAGCAAUCGUCGAGUCAAACCAGGGGUGAAAUCAAAUCAGCUUCAAUAAACGAGAAAGCCAAAGGCUCUAGAAAAGCGAUCAAAGGUCCAGCUACUAGCCAAGGUACACUCUUGGGGUUCUUGGGGAAGCAAGAGCCACAAAAGGAGACUAAGCCAGCGCCCAUAGUCGAUGAGUACCGAGAAGAAAAGACCAGGGCUAUUGCACAAUUACAUAGACAGCGAAACACGACCUCCGAAGGACUGAUGCAAUUGACGCAGCAAAAUGAUAGCGAAACUCUGCCUCCACUUUUUUCCGGACAUCGUCUAGGGACGGCUGCUGCACUAUCCCGACCAAACGUUAAUCGGAUCCAAGAACAACAGGACGAUAACUACGUAUUCCUGUCUAGCUCUCCACCUAGAGCAAAACAACCUAGAAUACUUGCCGAACCGGCGCCAGAAGUCCCUCCCCCUGGUCUAACAGCAAAACCCGCAAUUAUGUCGUUGGUCCGUCCCGCGAGAACAAUGCAUACCACUAGCAUGUCAAUAGCACAAGGAUCGAGUGGCGCCAAAAAAACACUCGGUGUCAAAAGGAGCAUGAAUGGCUGGGCCAAUCGUACAACACAGCCUUUUGUUCCCCCAACCAGGAAAAGAGAGAGCUAG